AUGACGUCCAACGUUCGAAUCCUCCGUGAACAUCCUCCCCUCCGAAGCCCAGGCGCAGACAGCGACGGCGACGAUGGCAUCCCGCCCGCGUACUUUGUGGAUGACUACGACUCCGAGGAUGACCCCGCGUUCGUUGAGCAAUCCAAGAACAAGAUCGCAAAAUCAGCCUCCAAGCAGAAAUCCAAGGCCAAGACGAAAGCAAAGAAAGACGAUGUAUACGACGUCAUGAAUACGGCACCUUCCCCAGAUCCCCACCCCCUCGCCAGAAACCUUCGAAUCCGACAAGCACCAAUGCGUGCGAACAUGAAGACUCGGUCCCGCGCCCAACACUCCGACGAUGAGCAGCCCAAGGUCGCUACCAAGGCGCCGAAGAAAAAUCGCGCAGCCACCAGUGGCGUCGAUAAAAAAGGCACCUCUGCCUUGCAUACUUCCUCGCCCAUCCCGGCCAACAAGUCUGCUAUGACCACCGUCACGUCUCGACUUCCUUCGUAUCGACACACUCCUUACGGUACCAUCGCCUCCAAGUCUACUAUGCUCAAGGCAUACUACAAGGAAACUAAGGAUGCUUGCUUUGGUGAUAUUGGAAGUGGCCAGGACAAGAAGAAGAAGAAGAAGCUGGCGCCUCCUGUGGGAGAUGAUGACGAGGAGGAACUGUUGUGGUUCGAUUGA